GAGUUGCUGCGGCUGUGUGUUUCCGGUUGGUCCAGAGGCGCAGCCGUCCCGGCGGGAGUGGAUUCGGCUGCUGUCCCGUCCGCCGUGGGAAGAUGUUCUACCACAUCUCCCUGGAGCACGAGAUCCUGUUGCACCCGCGCUACUUCGGCCCCAACCUGCUCAACACGGUAAAGCAGAAGCUCUUCACCGAGGUGGAGGGGACCUGCACCGGCAAGUAUGGCUUUGUGAUUGCUGUCACCACCAUUGACAAUAUUGGUGCUGGUGUGAUCCAGCCUGGCCGAGGCUUUGUCCUUUAUCCAGUUAAGUACAAGGCCAUUGUGUUCCGGCCCUUUAAAGGGGAGGUCGUGGAUGCUGUUGUCACUCAAGUCAACAAGGUUGGACUCUUCACAGAAAUUGGACCUAUGUCCUGCUUCAUCUCUCGGCAUUCCAUCCCAUCAGAGAUGGAGUUUGAUCCUAACUCCAACCCGCCAUGUUACAAGACAAUGGAUGAGGACAUUGUGAUUCAGCAGGAUGAUGAGAUCCGCUUGAAGAUCGUGGGGACCCGAGUGGACAAGAAUGACAUUUUUGCUAUCGGCUCCCUGAUGGACGAUUACUUGGGGCUUGUGAGCUGAGCACCGGGUGUGCUGCUUCGUUUGGUCCUUAUCUAGGAGAUGUGACUGUCAUGCUUCCUACGUUGUCCAGAGGCCCAGUCUGGCUGCUGUGGGGAGGCAAAGAAGGUUCCUUGUCCCCAGAGUUGCGACUCUGCAAUUCUAACCAUAAAAGGUCCUUGUUCUCA